GUUUUGACACUUAAGCGACCCGCCCUACUAAAGAAGAUCGAUGCAAAGGUUAGAUUUCACCACCUCUAUCUACCCAACUAGUACUAUUUGAUCUACAAAAAUCCAACCUGGAAACUUUCUCUCCCCCAGAAAACCCUCUAUCCCCAAGCCCCUUUACUAGGUUGGGCAAGCUUUGAUGCCCCUACUCCCAAGAAGUUGCUGGUCGGGAUCGUGGAACUGUCGCUCGAGAAGUAAGAAGUUGAUCCUUGUUUGGUCAUAAGGAUAAUAGUUCUUCUUAGGUCAGGGGCGGCUGGACCGGGGGUUACCCGCGAUUGGUAAUGGCACAACCAGAAGAGGAGUAGGAGAGACAGGGCUAGGCGCUGGGUAGCGCAGCGCAUCUGUUUCGGGUACAGAGGCGACGAGGGGUGCUAACCCGGCCACCCAACCCAGCAGGUUAGGGGCAGGCCGGCCAUAGGUUCGAAUCCUGCCACCUUUCUUGUGGAUCAUCCUGUGGUUACCGGAUGAUGGGAAUAACAAAGAAGAAAUUUGGAAAUGAGCACGAAAUGUCAAUAUAUGAAUUGUUUCAUUAUUCGUUAUUUCCGGGUCUUUUCGUUGCAUUCACUUACAACAAGAAACAACAACCAGUGUUUGGUGCAGCACUUGCAUUUUGGUGUAUUCUUAUUUCUUUCCUUGGUCUUUCGUUCCGUCAUAUUCCUAAUAACUUAUCCAAUUACAACGUAUUAACCGCUAAUGCACCUUUCUUUUUUCAAAUCUCAAGGAUAUGGUCUAAUCAUGAGGGUAGUAUUUUAUCAUGGUGUUGGAUCCUAAGUUUUUGUGGAUUCCUUCUUUGUUACUGGGGUCGACCUCUAAGCCAUAAUGUCUCAAAACGAGGAGCUGAAAGCCACUUGACUGUAAGGAGAGGAGGCCAUAGAGAAAGUUCUUUUUAUUCCUUUGUUUCGAACUUCGUGAAGAACUCCAUUCUAUCUCUCUCUCGUUACGAACAAAAAAGUGGAAUGAAAUCCCAGUUAUACACUCCCUUCGUUCUACGAACCCUUGUUGAUUCUAAACUUCGUUCGCAAAGGAAACAGACUUUUGAUGGGCCAGCCCUUUUUUAUGCGCCGCUUUACCCUCAAAGGAAAAUGAGCUUUGCUCUUCUGGGCGCUAGGCGCUCCCGUGGUUCGCGAGAAGGAAAAAGGAUGUUGCAUCUAGCACGAGAUGAUAAAGAGAGAGCUUCGUCUAUCGAUGAACAGCGGAUUGACGGAGCUCUUGGCAUUGCUUUGUUUUUCUCUCCUUUCCUAUCAGCGGGUUCCGACCCUUUUGUUCAAAAUUUCUUCGUUUGUACUGAAUUGCUUGGAGAAUCAAAUCCUGUUCAACAAGAUCCUAUAUAAGCUAUACAUCCUCCUUGCAUUUAUGCCGGAGACGUCGCCAGUGCUAUGGGUUUUGGCUUAUGUAGAUCAAAAAUGAUGAAUGGGAUUGUGGCACUCCACUCGCCGCCAAUGCGGAAGGAUGCCGCCGAAAAGAAUGGAACACUGUUUCGCUCUGUUGGAUGCGUCGGAUCCCGUAUAACAAGCGAGCUCUUUACCCUCAAAUUCAAACAUGUGGGCGCAAAAUGCUAUCCUGCUUUAUUGUUACCUAGCAAUAGAAGUCUGCUUAUGCUGCUUCGGCAGCGCUUUUUCGCCCUCUCUUCGCUCUGGACAGGAGCGCUAGUGGACACGAGGAGGGAGCAGGCGAAGCGUGUCGUUCGUAAUGGAAAGAAAGAUACCACUACUUCGCCUUUUUGUUGGACCGCCGGUGCGAACACAGUGGUCGGGGUGGCUGGUGGUUUCGGGAUCCCGUAGAAAUGCUUCUUUUAUGCCUCGGGUAUUAGCCACAACUCAUAUUCAAUCAGUAAUUCUACCCCUUCUUCAUUCUUGGACCUCGUUUCUUAAUAUUGUUACUUUUCCAUGCUGUGUCUCAGGAACCUUUUCAAUACGGUUCGGAUUGCUAGCACCCGUUCAUAGUUUUGCUAAAGAUGAUACACGAGGAAUCUUUUUAUGGCGGUUCUUCCUUCUAAUGACCGGAAUAUCCAUGAUUCUUUUCUCCCAGAUGAAGCAGCAGGCAUCGGUCCGUAGAACCUAUAAAAAGGAGAUGGUUGUGGCGCGAAGUACUCUUGUGCACCUACGUCAUUCGGCUCGCGCGCAGAAGGUGGGGCUCAUAGUCUUCCAGGCCUGCUCUGGGGGCUUCUAGUACCGAUAUGAGUAGCGCGCGUGUCCGAAUAUGUUCUCGCAGGGCUGGAAGGAGCGCACGCCAAGUUAGAUAGAGCAAAAGGGGGUCCUGUCAAGUUGGUCCGCUAACGCCUUAUCUUCCUAUUUAUAAGCCACAGCCUACUUCAACGUUUCAAAUUUGCCAUAGAGGAACUGUUUCCUGCGUCUGUGGCCGUUGCAGCUAACCUAACGGAGGAAGGAGGAGGGGAAGGGUGGCGGACAUCAAAUGGAUUAGAGUUUUCAAAAAACUAGAAGAGGUUCAAUUCCUCUUUGAUGUGGUUAAGGCAAAACAUAGAUAUCAGAGAAGAAAUUCAAAGGUAAGACUGGUUUUUUCUUACUUCAUCGGGUAAAGUUUAAUAGUUCCAAGCUAAACGUACUAAAUCAAUUAGCUUAUUACUAUUGGAAAAUUCCAUUCAUUUCUUGAAAAUAUUUCCUACUCAUAUUAGCUAUCUACGACAAAAGUAGAAGCAAGGUCUCCGCUUUUUUCAAGGAAAGUCUCAGUGCGUAAAGAGUCCUCAUACAAGAAAACACCCAGUGCCGUAUUUAGCCAGGUGAGUAACGAACAGGCCGUAUGCAGAGGAGGCCCCCUUCCCAAUCAAAGUCUUUCCCCCUUAAUCUGCAUCCGAAUAUGGAGUAAGGAUGAAAUGAAAUGAAGGAGUGGAGUAGUAAAGAAACUAUGAUGAAGUGUGUCAACAACAUAUUCCAAAAUAUGCUUAACAACAACAAGAUGAAUGCCAAGGUCGUACAUGACGCGCUUAAAUCGCUCUUUGCUAUAGCUCGGAAAAAGGCCAAACCAACCCAUGAAAGUAAGAAAGAAGGAAAGAACUAAAUCCAAUGCUAUUGAUUUACCGCGUAAGGAUUUGCGCUCUCCAAGCAAGCAUUAAGAUCCUAUGUUGAAUGGCAUUAAGAUCAAACAUAUAAGAUGCACCAACAGAUACUAUCACAGCUAAUUUAAGUGCUAGUCUAGUAACUACGGUUAUUGAUUCAAUUACCAGUCCUUUUAUCUUCAGUUAGAAGACCCUCAAGGCUAACGUUCUUCUUUUUGUUACCAUGCUUCUACCCAAAGGUAAUUAGUUACCAAUGAAGACAUGAAUCGUCGAAUGGAAUCUGUACAAUUUCUCAA